AUGGCAACAAAAUCUAAAAUAGGAAAUUUAAUUCAUUUAGUUAAUGGUUCUAAUGAUCAAGAACAAUAUCCUUCACCUCCUAUUAAAGAUCCAUAUAUACUUUCAAUUGAUAUUGGUACAUCAUCUAUACGUGCUUAUUUAUUUUCAAAAUCUUUUGAUGUUAUUUCAUCAUGUCAAAAACCACAAACACUUCUUACUCCUGAAUUACAUGGUUAUGAGUUUGAUCCUGAACAAUUUUGGUCAAUUUUACUUGAUGUUAUUAAUGAAACAAUUAAAUCUGCUAGUCCAUUAACUGUUACAGAUAUAACUUGUUUAGGUAUAUCAACAUUAAGAAAUUCUGUCGUAUUAUGGGAUCGUAAAACAGGUAAAACAUAUUCUAAUAUUAUUUUAUGGAAUGAUUCAAGAUCAAGCUCACAUGCAGCAGCAUCUAAUUCAUCAUUAACAUGGAAAACAAUACGUGGUUUUGCUAAAGUUAUUUAUCCUAUUAUUCACACACCACGUAUGUCAACAUUAUCAAAUCUUGAAUUUCGUACACAAAUGAUUGCAUUUAAAUUAUUAUGGUUAUUUGAAAGACAACCGGAAUUAGUUCAACGUGCCCGUAAUAAUGAAUUAUUAUUUGGUUGUAUUGAAACAUGGCUUAUAUGGAAAUUAACUGGUGGACAAGAACAUGUAACAGAUGUUUCAUGUGCAAGUUCGACUGGACUUUAUGAUCCAUUUUUAUCUGAAUGGUCAUCAUUACUUUGUCGAAAUUUAGGUAUUAAUAUGAGAUUAUUACCGACAAUUAAACCAACAUUUGGAGAAUUUGGUCGAUGUGAUCCAAGUUUAUUUGGUUGUGCUAUUCCUAUUACUGCUGUCAUUGGUGAUGUUCAAGCAAGUAUGUUUGGUCAAUGUGUAUCUCAACCUGGCGAAUGUUUACUUACAUUAGGCACCGGUGCUUUUAUUAAUAUUUUAACCGGUGCAGUUAGUGCUUGUACUGAUGGUAUAUAUCCACUUGUUGCUCAUUCGGAUCUUUUAAAACCAUCAGAAAAUAUUCAUUUUAUGCAUGCUUUGCAUAGUGGUUGUGCGACAGUACUUAAUUGGGCUAAAGAAGCUAAAUUUUUUGAUAAUUUUUCUGAACUUAAUACAAUAUCAAUGGAUGCUCGACUAUCGAAGGUUUUUUUUCUUCCGGCAUUUGGUGGUUAUGAUGAUGAUCCAUAUUGUGGUUCAGGUUUUAUUGGUAUUGAUAAUGAAACAAAACGUGAAGAUUUUCUUCGUGCUAUACUUGAAUCAAUUGCUUUUGUUAUUUAUGAUGUAUUUUCAUUUGUACGAGAUGAUUAUAGAAAACAUCAAGGAGAAAAAAAAUUAAAAUGUUUACGAGCAGCUGGUGGUGUUUCAACAUGUGAUUUUAUUUGUCAAAUAAUUGCAAAUUUAUCAAAUAUGUCUGUUGAACGUUGUCAUGCGUUUAAUUUAGCAUCAGGUAUUGGUGCUGGAUUUUUAGCUGCUUAUGGUUAUGGUCUUAUUGAUAAUUAUGAAUAUUUUCAACGAAUUAUAACUGUCGAUAAAGUAUUUAAACCAAUACAAUGUGAAAUAACAGAAGCUAAUUUUAAACAUUGGAAAACUAUUCUACCUCGUUUUAAGAAAUGGUACUCAUCGGAUGAAAGGAGUGAUGAUUAA